AUGACAAUGCAUGCAGCUGCUACCUCAUAUCAACCAACACAAGUAUGGGAGUCCGAACGGAUGUUGUACGACUUACUCAGGGCGCCUGAGAAAUAUGAGCUAUUCUUCGAACGAUAUGCAGGCGCUCUCAUUAUGCGUUUGGGUUAUGGUAAAGAGAUUGAGUUAGGUGAAGACCCUUAUGCACGAGAUAUUCUAAAGGUUGUUCAUACGGUUGAACGUGUUGCUUCACCUGGAGCUUACCUUGUCGAUGCUUUCCCUGUGUUGAUGCAUCUACCAGCUUGGCUAUCAGGGACCUACGCAACGCAGCAAGAAGCAGCACGACUACACAACUUCGAGAUCAAGCUAUUUAGGGAAUUGCUUUUGGAAGUGCGAGAGAAGAUGAAAACUGGAAAAGCGCCUAAAUGUUUCUCUAGAACCUUCUUGGAGAGACAGUCAGAGUUUGGUCUAUCAGACGAUGAAGGCGCCUACGUCAUUGGUACUCUUUUCGAGGCUGGAGCUGGAACGACUGCCGCUGCAAUGAUGUCUUUCGUCUUGUCCAUGUGUCACUACCCAGAAUGGCAGAAGAAGGUGCAAAAGGAGGUCGAUCGAGUUGUGGGGGACGAACGCUUGCCUGAUUUUAGCGAUAUUCCUCAACUACCCACUGUUCGAGCUAUCGCGAAAGAAACUCUGAGGUGGCGUCCAGUAACUGCUGGUGGAGUACCCCAUGAAUUGAUAAAGGACGACGUGUAUGAGGGUUUCUUCUUUCCUGCCGGCACCAAUAUUCAUGCUAAUCAGUGGGCUAUUCAUCGCGAUCCUGAGCUGCACCCGGAUCCAGAGACAUUCAAUCCAGAUCGGUGGCUCCUCCCCGGAUAUGCCACCUACCGCGAGACACUUGAUAGGUUCCCAAAUCUUCAAAACUUCUCCGCAUUUGGCUUCGGUCGACGAAUCUGUCCUGGCAUGAACAUUGCGGAGAAUUCUCUCCAUUUGCUUAUUGCACGAAUUGCUUGGGCUACUGAGAUCUCGAAGAAACCUGGGGUUGAAGUCCCCCUGUACGAUUACGCAGCCGGCUUCAACGUGCAACCAAAACCAUUUGUCUUCGACUUGAAAGCGAGAAGUGCGGCUAGAAAGAAGAUUGUCGAUAUGGCUUGGCAGUAA